AGAUAAAAAAAAACUAGUUUAGAAAAUCUCUCACCUAUUACAUUAUCUAAUUUUCUUUAUAUCUUUUUUUAAAAUGUUUCCUCCAAAUAUAACACUUACUAAGGAAAAGUAAGUAAAUUUCUCCAUUUCUUUUAUUUUACUUUCGCAAAAAGAAGAAGAAGAAGAAGAAGAAGAAGAAUGUGGCUACCGAAAGCGGACGCGUCAAAUAAAGGAACAAGAAGUGGUUCUGUGGCGAUUGCAAUAGACAAAGACAAAAGUAGUCAAAAUGCUAUUAAAUGGACAUUGGAGAAUCUUGCUACUCGUGGCCAAACUCUUGCUCUUAUUCAUGUCCUUCCCAAAUCUCAAUCUUCUUUAGACAUUGAAGAAGGAAUAACACAUAAGCAGCAAAUGGAGAAACAAACGAAAGAUCUCUUUGUAUCCUUCCACUGUUUCUGCAGCCGCAAAGAGAUUCAUUGUCUUGACGUUGUGCUUGAAGAUGUAGACAAAGUCAAAGCGAUAGUCGAAUAUGUUACGGUCUCUGCGAUUGAGAAUUUAGUUCUUGGUGCUCCAUCACGGAAUAGCUUUAUGAGGAGAUUCAAAACGGAUUUACCAACGAGUGUGUCAAAGGCAGCUCCAGAUUUCUGCAAUGUUUACGUCAUUUCCAAAGGCAAAAUCUCUUCGUUACGAAACGCCUCGCGUCCUGCUCCUUACCAUCCAUCAGUUCUCAGCGAAGUAGAUAAUCAUGAAACUAUUGCCCUUGAGAGAAAACAUAAAACAGCUAACACACCGGCCUUGCCUAGGGGACGAAGAUCAGUUGAUUCAGAUGGUGCCAGAUCAGGGCUUCCGAAACCGCCACAUGGACAUAUGAAAUUAGUGGGGGAUUUCUCAGAUUCAGAGUCCGAGUUCUCAUUUAUCAGUGCUUCUCAACAAGAAUCCGACCUUUCCUUCAUCAGCUCCGGGAGGCCGAGUGUAGACCGAUCUUCCUUCACCUACGACUUACCAGAAUCAGCAAGAACCUCAAGAAUGUCAACGAGCUCAGAGCAGAGCAUUGGGUCACAUAGAUUAGGAAUCAAGUUUACAGAUUUGAGUUAUCUCAAUGGUUCUUCUUCGGUUUCUGAUGAAAGUGGAAGAACUUCUUGUUCAUUUUCAUCUCAGAGCUUGGAUGAUGUAGAAGCUCAAAUGAAGAGACUGCGUUUAGAGCUGAAACAAACUAUGGAUAUGUAUAGUUCAGCUUGCAGAGAAGCUUUAACCGCAAGGCACGAGGCGACAGAGCUGCAAAAGCUGAGGACAGAAGAGGAAAGACGAUUGGAGGAAUUAAAGAUGACAGAGGAAACAGCAAUGUCAAUGGUUGAAAACGAGAGAGCAAAAGCCAAAACAGCCUUGGAAGCUGCUGAAGCUGCAAACAGGCUUGCUGAAGUGGAAGCAAAGAGGAGGGUACACGCAGAGAUGAAGGUAUUGAAAGAAAGCGAUUCUUUCUCUCGACAUAGCAUUGUUCGAUACAGAAAAUAUACUGUUCAAGAGAUCGAAGAAGGUACAGCGAACUUCGCAGAGUCAAGAAAAGUUGGAGAAGGAGGGUAUGGACCUGUGUUUAGAGGUCAUCUUGAUCACACAAGUGUUGCUGUUAAGGUUUUACGCCCUGACGCUGCUCAAGGAAGAUCACAGUUUCACAAAGAGGUUGAAGUACUAAGCUGCAUAAGGCAUCCAAACAUGGUGCUUCUCUUGGGAGCUUGUCCAGAAUACGGUAUUCUCGUCUACGAAUACAUGGCCAAAGGAAGCUUAGAUGACCGCCUUUUCAGACGCGGAAACACGCCCCCGAUUUCAUGGCAAUUGCGUUUCAGAAUCGCUGCUGAGAUCGCUACGGGUCUCCUCUUCCUCCACCAGACCAAACCAGAACCAAUUGUCCACAGAGACUUGAAGCCAGGAAACGUUCUUCUCGACCACAAUUACGUCAGCAAGAUCAGCGAUGUCGGGCUUGCAAGACUCGUCCCCGCGGUAGCUGAAAACGUGACUCAGUACAGAGUAACAUCAGCUGCAGGAACGUUCUGUUACAUCGACCCAGAGUAUCAACAAACCGGAAUGUUGGGGGUAAAAUCAGAUGUUUAUUCUCUAGGAAUCAUGCUUCUGCAGCUUUUGACGGCGAAACAGCCGAUGGGUUUGGCUUAUUAUGUGGAACAAGCGAUAGAAGAAGGGACAUUGAAAGAUAUGCUUGAUCCUGCAGUACCAGAUUGGCCAUUAGAGGAAGCUUUGUCUCUUGCGAAGUUAUCACUACAAUGUGCUGAGUUGAGAAGAAAAGAUAGGCCUGAUCUUGGUAAAGAAGUGAUGCCUGAGCUUAAUAGACUUAGAGAGAUUGGUGAAGAGAGUCUUGAGUCUGUGUUUUAUGCUGGACAAGGACGAUCUUCGUAUCCUAGUCAAGUCUCUUAUACAUCGGAAGGUAGGAGUGCUCCUUUAAUAUCGAAUACAGGAUCUUCUAUAUCAAACCCAUAGUUUUGAAGAAUUUGGAGAUAACUUGAGUAGAAAGCAAGCCAAGCGCAAUUUAUUCAGAAAAUGAGUUGCUUAUUUGAGCUGAAGAAGAAAGGUGGUUAUGAUUUAUUAGAGAGUCGGAUUUGUGUAUAAAAGUUUUGUAUUUUC